GUUGUCGAUGCUGAUCAGGAGGAUGUUGAAUGCUGAUGCUCGAGCUAUCUUCUGGAGGCGACGCAUCUCCUUUACGGAUACAGCUCGUCAUCCGAUGGCCGGAAUGCCCUUUUGAAUCGCCUUUAACUCAACGCCGGAGCUGCAGCCACGUCGACGUGCCCGGCAACCUCCUGUAGCACGAGUCCCGGUCUGGCGGCCGAAGCGUGCCAGCUGCGGAGGCACCUUUGCGGCCUUGCUGCUUCACCGGAGGCAAUGGCAUCAGCGAUCGAGUAUGUGUCGGGGGGGGGGACCAUUUCGGGCACACCGCUCGGAGAAAGCACGUCGCCGUCAUCUCCGUCUCCUCUGAUCUCGUCGCCACGGCCGCAUUCACGCUCGCUCUCACGCGACAUUGUCACCCUUAUCUUCAUCCUCCUCCUCUCGCUCGCCCUCUUCCGCUGGAUCCUCCUCCGCAGCGUACGAUUCCUCUUGCGCGACCGGCUGCACGUACAUGCGCUCGGCACCCGUGGCAUACGCGGUCUGCACUUUCGUCCAGCUGGAGACUUUGGUGUAGCAGGCGCCGCAAACUCCAGCGGAACGAAGAAGGGCAGAAGGAACACGCGAGGCUACUCUUUACGCAUUCAGCAAAUCUACCUCACAUUCAGCGGCUCGAUUGCUUCCACCGCCGCUCUUCGAGGCAGGAAGCAGCGCACAGGCAGACCAUUCCCGAAAGCAUGGUUCACGCUACAUCUCAAAGGCGUCGGCCUUCAGCUGCCCGCAGAGGCGGAUGGGGAUGGAGGUGAUGCGGCGCAGAAUGCGGCGCUGCAAGAUGACGUGGAUUCGGGCGCCGAACGCUGUGGCGGUGGGCGCGAGGGUCUUCUUCGAGCUAAGCGCCGAGCAGAAAGCGCCUCCACGGAUAGUAAGGAGGGACGAUCGAUCUCGCGAAUCAGCGGCUUGCAAGGCUACCUGAUCCGCAUGGCGCGGCCCCUGCUCUACGUCUGCGCUUCCGCGCUGCCCGUACUGACACGCGUCGUCGAUGUACAAAUGGACCGCGUCGAGGUUUACCUCGAAGCGCAGGACGUCGUCCUCCGUGUUGCAGAGGUUCGCGCCGGCUUUCAGGUCAGCAUGCGAGCCCAGUCCGGCGUCGGCACUGCUUCUGCAGCCGCUGCGCAACGUCGGCGCGCACGCAGCCGAAGCGCCUCUGAGAAUGCGUACAGCACCUCCCGUAGCACCUCGCUCGACGAGUCGCAUGACACCCCAGCGGCGGGGGACGAUGCGCGGUCGUAUCGCUCACUCGCCGGCAUGCUGUACGGCAUGCCGAACCGCGUCGGGUCCGGCGCGAAAGGCGUUGUGCUCUUCCUCGCGUCGGGGCUGCCCGAGGGAAAGGCCACGAUCAUGCUCGAGUGGCAAGGCGUGCAGGCCUUCCGCGCCGUAUCGGCGCUGGCCGAUCUGCAGCCGAAAGAGCAACAUCGGACAGAUGUGGGCGCUUCGGAGCCGUGCUGGAGCAUCAGCGAAGAUGACGCUCACGACCACAGCAGCACGUGGGACGACACGUGGUCCACUUGGGCGGACAAGGAGACGACGGAGAGCGGCAGCUUCUGCGCCACGCCCGUCACGUCGUGGUUCCAGGGAAAAGGUGAGCACGUACGCAUCGCCACGUACAGCCGCCUUCUUUUCGCACCGCUGCCGAGCCAGAUCGAGGUCGACGUGCUACUGGGACCCAACUUCUUCCACCUCAAAGCGCACCGCGCGUUUAGUGCGCGGGGCAGGAUCUCGGAGUGCGUGCUUGGCGGCAAUGCGCUGGAGCAACUCGCGCAGAACCACAGAGGGGGCCGGAUGGAACAAGCGCGCCGGCACAUGAACCAAGAGGCGCACGCCUCAGGUUCAGCAUCCAAACAAGCGAGUACAGCCCGAGCUCUGAUUGCUGCAGUCGGCAGCCUGGGCUUGACGAUCGAACGCGUCAGGUGUGCGUACGCGUCCACCAAUGCAGACAGCAAGACGUGGACUUGCGAAGCCGCUAUCGAGCAUGUAAGCUUCUCCUUCUCCUCAGCGCAGCCGCAGAACCCGCUCUGCAAACGCUGGCUCAACACCAUCACGCCGAGCGUGCCUGCCAACAACAGUAAGAACGCCGGAGGACCAGGAGAAGCUGUUGCGGUUGCCACAGAAGUGUCAUUGGCAACAUCAGCAUCAGCAGCGGCGAGCAAGAAGACGCUGCGGUCUUCACUGCACGACCGCAUCCGCAGACCGCUCAGUCCCGUCCCGUCCUCAAUGACGCCAGCGCACAAGGACGUCCGGCUGGAGCCGAGGAGGAUCCUGCACGUCGCAGCGUCCAUGGGGAAGGUUUACGUCGAUGUGCGACAGGCAGGUGGCUCGCUGAAGAGCCUCCGGGCCUGCAGCAUCGACCGAAUCGAGCUGCAAGUUCUUUCGACUUGGACGCCUUUUGGCCUGUGUCCCAGCAUCCGCUACAGCAUCUGCGCCCCGCCCGCCGCACAGACGGUGCUGGCGGGUAAUCCGAACGAGAGCGCCAUCUACUUCAGCACCACAAUCCAGCACGUCGCCCUUGCUGCUUCUGCCUCGUUGCUCGAUCUCCUGCGCAAGGACAAGAAUAGCGCAGGCUUUGGUCGGGAUGCCAGGCAUUCCAUCCCCGCCGCUCUGCCGACGUCGCCGCCGUCAUCAUCCACCUUUUCGCUUCCAAAGGUGCACUUUGGAUUCCACUUGGGCCACGCGACGGCCAAGCUCGAUGUAGGAAAUGAUCACGACAAAGAGCGUUCGGCACUGGUGCUGACGAUCCCGAGCAUCGACGCUGCACUUCACACCGCCUACCAGGAUGCGCAUGUCGUGCGCACCGAUGCUGCGCGCCGAGCGGCUUGGAAGGAGUACGACAAAAAUCAGCUGGAGUGGGACCGGAACUGCAGACCAGUCGCUCGCACACAGUGGGCUGUCUCUCCCGCACUCCCUCAUAACGAGGGUAACUACGGUGGCGCAGGGGCAGAAAGCGGCGCCAGACCGCGUCGGCGCUCGAUAGUGCGAAGCAAUACUGCUUCCGUCGAUCCGACGCCUGUACCAAUCUAUAAGUACGUCCUUUCUGGGAAUAUUCACAUUCUCAACAGUGCUGUUGUGCUUCAAACGCGGCAGGCCACCGAGACGCAGAAGACCUUGCCCAUCGGCAAGCUUCGAUUGGUGCAGCUGUCCACUUUUGGCUCCCUGGACGUCCCGACCGAGGUGCUGGCUGCGCGCCACCAACGAUUAGGACGCCAGGACAAGAAGUCUGAAACUUCUUUUAUUGUCGAUGGCCUCAGAGUCUCAAUUCGCGGACCGGCCAUGUGGAAUGCGCUCGAGAAGAUCGUCAACUCUACCAGCACGGCUGCACGAGGCUCAGCGGUGCAAGCAACAGUAGUAGCCGACAGUGCGGAUGUCAAAGCUGAUACACUGCAACCAUCGAGCAUGCGCAAAGGCCUGCUUGACAAGCUGCCAGCAGACGCAUUUGCCAACAUCAGCUUUAGUGAUCUGGACAUCGAUUUGGCCAACAUCGACGCUCACCGCGACAUGUCAUCCCUGGCGGGGGUAAAGCUGAAGAUGAAGUGUCUCUCGAUCGACUAUGCACACCGUCGACGCUCCACGCACGUCCUGCCGCACGGCGAGAUGUGGGGUGCGCGGAGCGCACUCGAGCUUCCGGAGGAUGCGCCGCUGAUGGCCGGCGCACUGGCUGUCAAGGCAGGGCUCGCGGUCGUCACCAGGGUGGACAUUGACAAUCUCCGACUUCUCGCCAUCGAUCCGAAAGCCGUCAUGUCGAACCGCGAGAAGCGCCAGCAGGCGUUCGUUGGGUCAUUCGACGAGAGCGAACUCCCUUCCCUGCCCGAAGGCCAUUGUCUUUUACGCGUCCCCGAAUCCAAGAUCAGAGCGAGGGUCCUUCCGGACUGCAAGCAGACGAAUGUCGAGCAGGUCUCUAUCACCGCUGAGCAUCCCAAAGCAGUCAUGUUGGCCGUGGAGUUAGCAAACACGUACCUGCUGAUGCACACCGCUGGGUGCGUGCGGCGCGCCCUGGGCUCGACUUGGAAGAGGAAAGUACCUCCUGCUAGGCCUGCUCCAUCUUCUGCAACCCUUGUUCUCAACUUUGACAUUACCUUUCAGCGCGUAGAGGUGCCCAUCAGCUUACCAGAAGGCGUUCAUCUCUUUCUUGGUCUCAAGAGGCUGCAGAUUCAACUCUCAGCGGAGCGGGUCGCGUCAGUUGGAUUCGAGACGCUUGUCGGAGCGGUCUUGCGCAAGGACGUGCUCGAAAACGGAGAUAAGCACGACCAAUGGAGUCGAGUGGCCAUCUUCCGCGGCGUCACCAUUGACAUCAAGCCGCAGCCGUCAUCAGGGCUACCGGAUGUGGCGCUCGCGGGAGAUAGCCUGGUGCUCAAUGUGCCUUUCAACUACAGUACGCACGAGAUCAUCGAAGGCACUAGCGUAGCUCUGAAGGCGACGAAACAACUCAUGCACGAGUUCCUACUGGGUCACGAACCAUCAGCGAUCAACCCUCUGCGACCGAUGUCCGCGCAAAGCCUGCCGCUGCUCUCCGUCGAGCUCAGAAUCCUCGUGUUGGAAGCGGAGGACGACCCUAUGGAGACCAGACUCGGUCUCAUCUGGCGUGUCGGCCGAGACGAAGCGCGUGCACGCUUAGAACGACAGAGCGCCUUUGCACAGAAGAUGUCUGAUGCGAUGCGCAAGCAAGGUGCAAAGAGGAAUAACUGGCCCUCAAGCACACCCAACGUAAACGGCUGGUCCGCUGCUGAGAGCACAUCAGAGGUCGAUUCUGACGACGACAGCGAUGUAGGCAACUCGGCGCGGGAGCGUGCGUACGUCAACACAGACUUGAUUGCAGAUGCGCACCAGCGCCUCGAUGCCUUCGAUAGCGCAUCCUGGAUCCGAAGGGUAGACAAUGCGCGUGCCGCUCAAGAGAGGCGAGAAGAAGCGAUCGCCAAAAGGGUGCUCGGACGCUUCUCUCUGCAGCCCAAGGAUCGGGGCUGGCCCAUCAACAUGCGAAAUCGGCCGUCGGUCGCUCCCCUUUUUCGUUCAGCCAUGGCCCACAUCCUCGUAGAAAUCCAGCGGCCAAACUACGGAGUCGACUCGGCUCGUGAUUUCAUCAACGCACACGGCGAAUCCAUCCCCGAUGGAUUUGACUUUUCCAUCUUCAUCCCGAUGCACCUGCAGUGGCAGAUGGCCGAGUGGCGCAUCAACAUCAGGGACUAUCCUAUCCCUGUACUGCACGUGGCUCCAGAUGAAAGCAGCGGAACGCAGAAGCAGAAGGCAUUGCUGCUUUCCACCGAUCUGUGCAUCGUCGAGCAGAUGGGCGGCCCGGAAUCAACACGGCACAUACCAACAUGCCUGGUGCACGACAUCUGCGACACAGCUUGCGAUGGAAAGUACAUCAUUCAGGUACCGAAGGUCGCGAUGCCGACAAAGAUAUUUGGCGACCCGAAGAUCGAAAUUCACACCCCUCGACCUGUCCGGCUCUGUUGGGGCCAAUCGAUUCAGCCCGCUCUCUCUGAUGUUAUUCGAGUGUUCGAUGGAAUCACCACCCCGCCUCAAGAUCCAUCUCCAAAGAUUGGGUUCUGGGACAAACUCCCAUUGAUCUUGCACGGCACAGUCGAGCUAGAUUUUAUACCGGAAGGCGCCCUGCAUCUGUAUCUGAAAGGAAGUCGCGAUCCGUACAAAAUUCACGGCGACGGUGCUGGAUGGGUCAAGUGCUGGAAGGACCACGUUAGUGUGCAAGUCGGCCAUCAAAAUGCUGAACGAGAGGUGAUCCAGAUCCGUUCUCGCGAGUAUGCCCUCGCAAUCCCUAACGUCCAAGUCCGAUCUCGAGAGGUGUCUCAAUAUGGCUUGGGUGGACAUGACGAUUUUGGAACUUCCAUGUCAGCGGCUCGACCAGCGGAGACGUUGCUCGGAGAGCAGCGCUAUGAUCCGCAAUUCCAAAAAGUCGUGGCCCACUUAUAUGGUGGUGUCAAGUGGGGAGCCGGCAUUGUGUUAGAACGGACCUGCAACGACCAUGAUUGCAAACAGGCGACCAAGUGCUCGGGCACCCCCUUCCAUCGCAAGUGUAGGUUCUUCGAUCGCAUCUCACACUGGAAGGUCAUCACCAAGACUCGCGAAUACUUUGCAUCCCUAGCGGAUCAAGAAAAGAGAGAUUCUUUCGCGGGUUGGCGUCAUGAUCACAUCCACUUUUCCCUUUCUGUGCGCUCAUCAAGUCAAGACAGCCAGACACCAGCCUCAAACAGCUUGCACGUCACGCCACUGACGUCAGCCCACUUUUGGUCGUGGAUCCGGCUGUUCAACAGCGCUCUCAGCUUGCCAGUCCGUCAGGGUCCGAUCUUUCCCGACGCUUCUCCGCGGUCACCGAAGUUUGGCUUUCAUCUGGCCACAAUCAAGUAUCGGUUAGAUCUGUCGCCUCUGUCGUUCAGUCACAUCUAUCUGCAACAUUCCCCCGAAAAGUACCGAAGUUCCACUGCGUUGUACCUCGGCCUCAAGGCAAGCACACAGCGCUUCAACAUGGAUCUCCAUCAGAGGCAGCAAGAAGUUGUCCUCCAACGCAAGGCCUUCAGCGAUACGAAGAAGGUUUUGCACAAGCCCAUCAACGAAGCGGAAGUCGAUUUGAGCAAGUUUGAAUUGCGAGUCGUUUGCGCCGAGAUGCAGGACGAAAGCGCGCCGGCUACCGACGAGGGAGACACGUUCAACGAUGAUGAAUCGCCAACGGACGCUUUUCUCAGAAGAGGUGCAGCCGGUGAGGCCUCAGACCAGUGGUAUGACAAGAAUGACUUUGUCGAGCUCGGGGUGACAGUCGGCAGCGGCCGACGGUGGAAAGCGACACGGAUGCGCGCUGCGACCGUCCUCGAUUGCCCACGCUUCAACUACCACCGCAAGCUACGUACGCAUCGCGAGUUCGAUGAGGAUGAAGGCAGUGUGGCUGACAGCCAAGACCCCCACGAUGCGUCGCUCACGCCCCUGGCUGAAAGCAAAUUCGGUGAUGAAGAUAGUCACACUUGCUCCAUUGGAGAGGCAGAGUCUUCCAACUUGGUACAGAGUGAGCUUGCCCGGCAGCGUAUGGAUCAGCUCAAGGACCACGCAACAAAAAGAGGACAGCCGCUAGAUUCCGAGGAGUACAAGGCGAAGAUAGCCCUUUUGAGCUCGUACAGCGAGCUGUUACGAUCUUUGGAUGAAGGGCAUCAUGCUUCAGCGGAAAGCGCCAAUCCGACUGGUUCACAUUUUGCGGACAGGCUAAAACGCUCCCACGGAGGGCACAAGGCCAGUUUUUCUGGUCUGUGGUUCAACGACGAACGAAUGCAAAAUGAGAUUCUUGAGAUGCAAGCCGAAUGGGUCCAAUUCAACAACCGGUACUUGAUUCACAGCCCGGUCAUGUUCCUCAGCGAUGGAACUCGAGAUAUUCUGCUCAAAUACUACUUGAGCAACAGGUCACGGCGAGGCUACGUCCAUUCGAUGACCGCAAAGGCGCUGCGGUCGGUCCGCGAACUCGAUUUGUCUCUUUUUGAAUCCGAAUCAGCGCGUGAUGACCAAAGCAGCGUUGACACGGAUAUGCGAGAAACUGCGGACAACGCCCCCUCGGUGUCGUCCUCUUCGGAAGACGACCGAGGAAUCAACUUGCUCCGUUCUCUCCUGAGGGAUACUAUGCAGUACAUCAAUGUGGAAAAGAGCCUUUCUAAGGCUGAUUCUGACUCUGCUCUGAUAACCAAACCGAUGCUGAGCGAUGCGCAUGCUGGUAUUCGCGACGACUUUGAGGUUCGCAAAAGCAACAUUUGCGUUCUGAUCAAUCCUCAGAUUGUUCUCCGGAGCGAGCUGGAUGACUCUUCGUGCGCAAUCGUUAGCGCUAUGCGAACUCAUCUGACAAAUUAUUUCGUGCGCGAUACCGGCGUGGACGAGGACGACGUCAACGAGAAAGUGAUGAACCGCAACUUUUUAUCUUUCGACAAGGUCGAAUGCUGGCACCCCAGGGAUGCAACGCCGACAAGUGGCUUUCUGACUCUGCCACUAGAAGUGCUGUUAGCGGAAGAUCAAAGAGACGAUGCCUUCCGGCGGAUCAUGCCGCGCACCGAUUGCGCUGUGCAAUACGAUAAGUUUAACAAGCUACGACUCCGGGACGCCUCACGGCAGUGUACGCAGGGAGGUAGCGAUUUGCCAAUGACGCAAGACCAUCUCCGGCACAAUAUGGAUCUCAUUCGCAUCCACUGUCCUCGUUUCUCGAUACAUGCCGACUCGGAGCAGUAUGCUGCACUAUACAACAUUGUCACGGACCUGCUGCUGUACCGGGACCCAGCGCACAGAGAACACGCUAAGCACUUAGAGACGAUCCUCUUCGCGUACAACUUUCGCGAUGCAGAUGGCCUCGCGAGCAUGGUGGAUGCCCUGCAAAUGCGUAUCCGACAGGCCGAGGAUCUCCAUCACCAAUACGAGCGCCACUAUUCAGAACUGAAUGACGCAGGCAAGGCAGAUGACGCCGCAAUCUAUGCAGAGCUGACGAACCUGCAGAAUGAAUUGUCUCUGUUCAUGGAGGCGAUUACCGUGGCGCAGGAUCAACGAGCUGGGCCAGACAAGGACAAAAAGUCUGCCCUGCGACUUGAGGCGUCAGCCGAAGAUAUUGCGUGGCAUAUGGAUUCAGCAGAUUCACCAAAUGCGCUGGCGGAGCUUGCCAUCCACGGAACGAGCUUCACGUGGUUGAGCAAGGCAGACAAUUCGACCGCCAACACAUUGUCGAUUGUGGACUUGCAUGCGCGCAAUUCUCGGCCAGAUGCGCUGUUCUCAAGCAUCAUUGCAAAGUACACCAAGGCGCAAGACCACUUUAUGGUAAAGCAAGGUCGUAUUCUGAAUGCCGCCUGGUCUGUCCUCGCCCCUGUCGGCGGCAUCUCCAUCAUCGAUCGCUUCGAGCUCAACGUCCACCCACUUCGCGUGCAAAUCGAAAUUGCGGUGGGCCGUGAGAUAAUGAACUACAUCUUUGGCAAUCGGCGGGAGCGUGAAAAGCGGCAGCGGGGGGUGCAACUGUCCGGAGAGGAUGUGCAGACUUCGCCCAAGCUUGGAGCUACCGAUCGAUCCGGUGGUCAUCAGAGUCUGCACAAGCAAACAUUGCUCAAGGCUUCGAAACAUCAGACCGCUGACUCGGCUGAAAUGUCCCGGAAAAGCUCCUUCCAGAGCGAGUCGGAUAGCGCAAGCAGGGGUCGACCGCCGCAGAAGUUGCAACUGAGUCGCACCGCUUCGCGGGCCUCGUCUCCUCCCGGCCAAGGGCGCAAAAAACCCGAAAAACCUUCAGCAGACGUCCCGAGCGAGGAUAUUGGCAAGAUCGUCCGGGAUGAAAGCAAUGUCAUCGCGUUUCGACACGCAGUGGAGAUGAGGAAGAGGGCUGCAGCAAACAAGACUUUUGUGUAUGUGAAGGUGUCUCAGACUGUCUUUUGUCUGUCGUACAAGGGCGACAAGCGCAAAUCGCUCACCGACCUCUACGACCUGGUCUUCAAGUCUCCCUCUUUCGAGUGCCGCAACCGCACCUGGGCGUAUGAAGACCUCGCAAAUAGCUUCAAACGCAACGUGCUCCGCGCGGCUUGGAGCCAACGGACAACGCUCAUCAAAGGCUUCUUGACCACGCGACCUCGGCGCAUAUCGGCAAAAUUGGCCUUGCGAGACAAGAUCAGGCGGCAACAGCAAUCCACAAAAGUGAGAAUGGCCGACUUUGUCGAGCAAAAUGACGUGCAGCAGCCUGAUGGAGCGGAGGACGAGGGCAGUCACGGGGAGGAAGACAAUGCCACGGACGUGGCUUCCCUCACGUCACAGACCUCCGCAUCACAGUCGACGACUUCGUCGUCCGGACUUAACAGCACAUAUGAAAGCAUUCAGGUGCAAGAACACAAGCCGCGCAUGCGUCUGACAAGCAUGCUUCGCCGGAGCAAAUUGAAAGAUGAUAGCGGGGUGCGCGAUGCAGAUGCUAUUUCCCCAUCCAUGUAGCACAUAGGCAUCAAGGCAUGUGCAGCCAGUGUUUGACG